AUGGCCACCGCCCUCCGACGGCCAGGCAAUCUUGCUCGAUACUCGAGGAGAGCCUCGGAGUACUUUCUCCGCGCUGGUCCGCGCGCCCCGUACACUCCCCGAUCCGCCCUCCCGUCGCUGAUCAACGCGCGAACGUACGCCUCCAACGGCCGCAACGGUCCGAAACCCCCGAACAAUGACCAGAACGGCCAGCAACCGCCCAGCCCGCCGGGGCCGGGGAAGGGCGAUGGUCAGAACAAUGAGGGCCCCGCGAAGCCGGAGCCGGAGCAGCAGCCCCAGUCGACUCUCUCCAUGGUAGAGGAGGGGUUGCUGAACCGGGCUGCUGAGGACCUGAAGCGGAAACUUCCGGGUUCGCAACAUGCGCUGGUGGAUGAGGUACAUGCAUUGAUCAAGGUGAGGGGCAUGCCUCUGGAGAUGCGGCGGUUUGCCCGCAAGGUGGAAGACGGCGAGUCGGUUUCCCUGAUGGAAUACGCGAAGAUGGCGAAGUGGAUGGACAGCUAUGCUGCCGAGAGCCGUGAAAUGGGUUUCAAACAGGGAGAUGAGGGAGCGCACAACCAGCAGAAAGGACCUGAAUCGGAGAAGGAGAAGGAGCAACGGAAAAAGGAGCAAGGAGAGGGAGGCGCGAAGCAGCCGAAUUUCAAGACGUUUGAAUUUCGCAUGGACCCUGCCACGUUCCUGGUCACGGCGAUGUUGACAUACUACACGUAUAAAAGCAUCUUCCCCGGCACUUCUGGCAAGGAGAUCACGUGGCAGGAGUUCCGGGCGAAUUUCUUCGACCGGGGCCUGGUUGAGAAGUUGACCGUCGUCAACGACAGUCUGGUCCGGGUCGACGUGCACCGUGAUGCGGUGCUUCGGACGUACCCCGACUCCCCCGCUGCUCAACCUAACUUCCACUAUUACUUCAGUAUCGGGUCUGUCGACACGUUCGAGCGAAGGCUCGACGAGGCACAGGACGAGUUGCAUAUCCCCAGCUCUGAACGGAUCCCUGUCUCCUACGUCGAGGAAACAUCGUGGGGUCCCGUGAUUAUGUCACUCGCCCCGACGGCCUUGAUGAUCGGCUCCUUCUUGUUCUUCGCGAGGCGCAGCGGUGGAGGCGGCGGCGGCGGCCUUUUCGGCAUCGGGAAGAGCCGCGCCAAGCGUUUCAACCACGAGACCGAUAUCAAGACCAAGUUCGCCGAUGUAGCGGGCAUGGACGAAGCCAAGGUUGAGAUCAUGGAAUUUGUCAGUUUCCUCCAAAACCCGCAGAAGUUUGAGAGGCUCGGAGCCAAGAUCCCUCGUGGCGCCAUCCUUUCAGGUCCCCCCGGUACCGGUAAGACGCUACUUGCCAAGGCGACGGCUGGCGAGUCGGGCGUCCCCUUCUUCAGCGUCAGCGGUUCCGAGUUCGUCGAAAUGUUCGUCGGUGUCGGUCCCUCUCGUGUGCGUGAUCUGUUCGCCAACGCGCGGAAGAACACCCCGUGCAUCAUCUUCAUCGAUGAGAUCGAUGCCAUUGGUAAAUCCCGAGCGAAGCAGGCCUACGGUGGCGGUAACGAUGAGCGCGAAAGCACACUCAACCAAAUUCUCACGGAAAUGGAUGGUUUCAACACUUCGGAGCAGGUGGUCGUCCUGGCCGGUACCAACCGAGCGGAUGUGCUCGACAAGGCUUUGAUGCGACCCGGUCGAUUCGACCGACAUAUCACGAUUGACCGACCGACUAUGGAUGGACGCAAGCAGAUCUUCCGUGUUCACCUGAAGAAGAUCGUGACGGACGAGGACAUGGACUACUUGACUGGUAGACUUUCGGCUCUCACGCCCGGUUUCGCUGGCGCUGACAUUGCGAACUGCUGUAACGAGGCGGCUUUAGUUGCUGCUCGUCACAACGCCGAUCGUGUCACCAUGCAGCAUUUCGAGCAGGCUAUUGAGCGUGUGAUCGGUGGUCUCGAGAAGAAGUCCGUUGUGCUCUCCCCCGAGGAGAAGCGCACGGUGGCCUACCACGAGGCCGGACACGCCGUCUGUGGCUGGUACUUCCGCUGGGCCGACCCGCUGCUCAAGGUCUCGAUUAUCCCUCGAGGCCAGGGCGCCCUGGGUUACGCCCAGUACCUGCCCGCUGGCGGUGACACGUACUUGAUGAGUGUCAACCAGAUGAUGGACCGCAUGGCGAUGACCCUGGGUGGCCGUGUGAGCGAGGAGCUGCACUUCGACAGCGUCACCAGCGGCGCCAGCGACGAUUUCAACAAAGUCACCCGCCUGGCAACCGCGAUGGUAACCAAGUUCGGCAUGUCGCCCAAGCUGCGGUACAUCUACUACGAGGAGGACCCGUCGCAGCAGAUGCACAAGCCCUUCUCAGAUGACACCGCCCGAGACAUCGACACCGAGGUUCAGCGCAUCGUGGACGAGGCCCACAAGCAGUGUCUCACUCUUCUCACCGAGAAGAAGAAGGAAGUCGGCAUCAUCGCCGAGGAGUUGUUGACUAAGGAGGUCCUCAGCCGCGAUGACAUGAUCCGUCUGCUCGGCCCCCGCGAGUGGCCCGAGUCGGGCGAAUUCGCCAAGUACUUCGAUGGUAAGAACGGCCAGACCAUCGCGCCGCCGGAGCCUCCUAGCAAUGAUGAGAUCAACGGCAAGAACGGAGGAGACCAGCCCCCUGUCCAGUGA